UAUGAUAAAUAGAUAAUCUCAUCUAUUUUUACGAUUAACAUCUUCUCCAAAGUUUUAUCACGGUGGUUUGAAAGAUUAGGAUAGAAUAUUUACAAAUGUUUAUCGUGAUGGAGAUCCUUAUAUUCAAGGUGCUUUGAAAAGAGUAUAAUAAUGAAUUAAUUUUAGGGAGAUUGGCAUAGAACAAAAGAUAUACUGACAAUGGGUUAAGAUUGGAUUAUUGAUGAAAUUAAAAAGAGUGGUUUAAGAGGUAGAGGAGGUGCAGGAUUUCCUAGUGGUUUGAAGUAUUCAUUUAUGCCAAAAGUUAAUCCAGAUGGAAGGUAAAUAUAGUAGUAUAUUCAAAGACCAUCUUAUUUGGUGAUAAAUGCAGAUGAAUCUGAACCAGGAACAUGUAAAGACAGAGAAAUAUUAAGACAUGAUCCUCAUAAAUUAGUUGAGGGUGCAUUAUGUGUAGGAUUUGCUAUGAGAGCAAGAGCUGCAUAUAUAUAUUGUAGAGGAGAAUUUUGGGUUGAAGCUAAUGCCUUACAAUAAGCAGUCGAUGAGGCUUAUAAAAAGGGAUUCUUGGGAAAGAAUGCUUGUGGAAGUGGAUAUGAUUUUGAUGUUUAUGUUCAUAGUGGAGCAGGUGCAUAUAUUUGUGGUGAAGAAACAGUAUAAUAUAAAGUAAUCUUAAGGGUUUAAUUGAAUCCUUAGAAGGAAAACCAGGUAAACCAAGACUUAAACCACCUUUCCCAGCAAAUGCAGGUUUAUGGGGUUGUCCUACUACUGUAACUAAUGUUGAAACUGUUUCAGUUUGUCCAACUAUUCUUAGAAGAGGAGCAAAUUGGUUUGCUUCAUUUGGAAGACCCAAUAAUAGAGGCACAAAAUUAUUUUGUAUUUCUGGUCAUGUCAACAAUCCUUGUACUGUUGAAGAAGAAAUGUCAAUACCACUUAAAGAAUUAAUUGAAAGACAUUGUGGAGGUGUUAGAGGAGGAUGGGAUAAUCUUAAAUGUAUAAUUCCUGGAGGUUCAUCUGUACCUAUGUUACCUAAAGAAAUAUGUGAAACUGUAUUAAUGGAUUUUGAUGCAUUAAGAGAUGUAAGAUCAGGAUUAGGAACUGCUGCUGUUAUUGUUAUAGAUAAAUCAACUGAUAUAAUUGAUGCCAUUUUAAGAUUAAGUAAAUUUUAUAAACAUGAAUCAUGUGGAUAAUGUACUCCUUGUAGAGAAGGAACUUCAUGGUUGGUUGAUUUAUUGGAAAGAAUGAAAGUUGGGAAUGCUGAUUUUGCUGAAAUUGAUUAAUUAGAAGUAAUUAUUUCUGGAUUAUUAAAAGGAAUUAACAUAUUAAAUUGAAGGUCAUACUAUAUGUGCACUUGGAGAUGCUGCUGCAUGGCCUGUUUAAGGAUUAAUAAGAUCAUAUAGAGAAGAAAUAGAAGAAAGAAUUGAGGAUUAUCAUUCAAAACAUCCUGUUAAAUCUAGAUAAUUACGUAGUCAUCCAUAAUAAUCAAGUCAUUGA